AUGGCUGCUCCGUGCUCCCUGUGGAUGGCGCUGGUCCUGCUGGGGGCCCUGGGGGUCCUGCCGGCACCGGCCCGGGCCUCAGAGCAGCCCGGCUUCCAGCUGGACCAGUUCCUGGGGCGCUGGUUCUCUGUGGGCCUGGCCUCCAACACCAAAUGGUUCCGGGAGAAGAAGCACCUCAUGUCCAUGUGUCUCGUCGUGGUGGCCCCGGCCGCGCCUGAGCAUGGGCAAGGCGUCCUCAGCCUCACCACCGGCUUCCUCAGGAAAGACAAGUAUGAGACAUUGAGCGUGCUGCUGACGCCAACGGACACCCCCGGCCACUACACCUACCCCAGCCCCUUCGGGGGCAACACGCAGGACGUGUGGGUGGAGGAGACGCACAGUGAGUACGCGCUGCUGUACUCUGCUUGGGGCGCCGGCGAGAGCAGCUUCCACUUGGCCACGCUGUACAGCCGCACUGAGACCCCGCAGGACGCUGUGAAGGACAAGUUCACCGCCUUCACCGCCGCCAAGGGCUUCCCCAAGGAGGACAUUGACUUUCUGCCGAACACGGGCAAGUGCAUGGAGGGCCACCAGUAG